AUUUAAAAAGUCUCAACUUAUUGCCACCGGAUAGCAGCCCAGACUGUUUUCAUGAGGUGCCUGUAGACUGUCCUGAAGAACUUCCAGUUGACGUUCCCUCAGACAAAAUUCAAGGAAAAGUGAAUGGAAAAAUAACGAGUGACGAGAAGCCUUUCAGGGAACCUCAGUUUCCUAGAUUACCAAACUUUACACUUACAAAAGAUGAACUAGGUGUCACAAGAGUACAAGAUAUCUCCUCACAAGACAUGGAAAAAGUACGUUCUCUAUCACUCAUAGAACUCACAGCCUUGUUUGACUCUCACGGAUUAGCACUACACAGACGGAAGCCUGUUAAAAGAAGAGUCAGAGAAUCUGGUAUUUUUGGAGUACCUCUGCAGAACCUAAUUCAAGAGGACAAAAUGAAAAAUGAAAGAACAUCAGUACCUUCUUUUUAUGUUGAACUUGUCCGAUAUUUGGAGUUUAAAGGUUUGAAGGAGGAGGGUAUCUUGAGAGUUCCUGGAAAUGCUGGAAGGGUUAAGGCUAUAAGAGAAGAAGUAGAAGAGAAAUUUAAUGACGGAUGUUUUGUGUGGGAUGUCAGAAGAGCGCAUGACUGUGCAACCCUGCUUAAACAAUUUUUACGAGAACUUCCUUUUCCUCUUUUAACACAAGAAUAUCAACCAACAUUUGCAUCUGUAGAAAGUAUACCUGAUAGAAAACAGCAGCUUCAAGCAUUGAAUCUUUUAAUUCUACUGUUGCCGGCAGUUCAUAGAGAUUGUUUGAAGAUUCUUGUUCAAUUUUUGAGCCAAGUGGUAGCCCAUGAAAAACAAAACAAGAUGGGCUUGAACAGUGUGGCUAUGAUUAUGGCUCCAAAUCUUUUCCUUUGCACAUCCAAGUCACAGCCAUCGUUACAAGAAAUCAAGCAAGCUCAAGGCACAGUGAACAUUGUAAGAAUGUUAAUCAAGUAUCAAGCUAUUCUGUGGACGAUCCCUGGGUUCAUGGUUAUGCAGGUUCGGUAUCUGUAUGAAGCAGAAGGAAACAAGAAAGCUAAAGACGCUAAAGCGGUCAGGAAGUUACUUGCGAAACGUGCUCGAGGUGAUGGAGUGGGUGGUUCUCCACAGAAAAAGCAUUCUCUAGGAGAAGCUCCUUUAGUGUCCAUGGAUGUAGAUUAUGAAAACAACAUCAUACGAGUGAAAGCCCCGAUGCUGAACAAGGUUCUUAUGGCAAUUCAGCUCACUGAGUUCAUGUGCGCUGGCGACAUUGUUUCCAAGUUCAGACGCCGAUCAUCUCCGUCUGAAAGCCCCUGCAGUGAAAGUUCUAAACUGCCUGAAUCUUCAUCAAGUGGUUCUUAUCGCAACUGUCUCAACCCUCACAACAACAACAAGUUUGCCUCAGAUAAUUUCUUUCUCUACGAGGCAGGCGGCAACAUAGGUGAACGAUGUCUUGAUCAUGACACCAAUAUGAUGGCAUUACGUAAAGUUAAUCCGCACGCGGACUGGAUUGUCAAACCACAGACUCAAUAUCUACACUUCUAAUAACUGGUCACAACAAACUCUGUGCCUGGACUAUUGUAUAUUUUUCCCUUAUGACUUGUGCACAGAAAUUACGAUAUAGUUGUUACGAAAUGAAAACUAUACUCAUGUAUAUUUACGAUGCAACAAUUGCAUUCUGAAAUGUUGCUGGUUCAAUAUUGUGCUAGGAAAUAGUGUUUUCAUUGUUUGAAAAUACUCUGGUCAAUAGAGUGUAUAAUAGGUUGCAAAUGCACAUUAGAUGUUACAUAAUUUGACGUAACUGUACCCGUCAAAUACAAGUUGACAAUCUCGACUUAAACAGGCUCCCGCCUACCAUGAAGAAAAGAAUUUGGCGAGCAAAGCGAGCAGGGCAAGGUCCUGCUCCUUUUGCUUGCUGAAUUCUUUUUUUUUCGUGCUCGUCGGUUCCCUUCGCUAAGCAGAUUUUUUUCCCGCCCUCGUCGAUCGCCCUUGCCGGACGCCGCAGGCUAGUCCUCGAUGUUUUCGAGAACUGAAUUUACGGUCUCAAGUGCCCACGGAAAAGAAAAUAGUUGACAUCUUUACAGAAGCUAGUUUGGAGACACUCCAAGAAUUUUUCAAGGAAACGAUUCCCUUGUAAUUUCUCAGUUUACACCCUCGCCUUAAGGCUCGUGUGUGCAUUUGUGACAUUCCACGUACGGUAUACCACGAGGACGUGCUGCAUUGUAAUUUUAUACCAUGCUACGAAAAAUAUGGUGGCCAACACAAUCAGUGGGACAUACGCGCCUCAAAACCCGUUCAACUGAGUUUCUGAAAUUUGUCAAGAAGUCGAGCUUAUUCCCUCUCCGUCUGUUUUUUUAUUCUCUCAGUUCUUUGUUUCUUUGUUUCCUUGAGUCGAAACACAAACAACUCGACUCGAUACUCGAAGUUUUCUAGUUUCGAGGAUCGAUUUUAGUUGUGCGGCUUUCGAGUGACUGUCAACUGAUUACAUUCGACCGGUACUGAAAGUAGUCUUUGUUUGAUGGGCAUGCUAUUGCUACUAACUUAUAAUGACAAGUUGGAGUGGAGUUGAAUAAUUUCUAAUUGAAAAUGGUUAUUGUUGCCAGUGUAAAAUUUAUGGUGUAAUGGAAAGUUAUUUAAAGAAAUUAGAUUAAAAAUGAAUGCAAUAACAACAUUGAUUUAAUAUAUAGGAUUUCAUGCAAAUAUUGCUCAUGCACCAUAGAAAGGUUUUUCAAGUCUUCAAUAAAUUAUUUGUUAUAAGAGCAAACAUUAGUUCCGCUUGAGAGUUUCCAUUCCUUUGUCAUAAUCAAGCUUCGAGAACCUCCAAUAAUCCUUCUGCACCUGGAAAGUGUUCUCGCGCCAAAUAAGUUCGUCUUUUUUGAGGAACAAAGUUAGUUUGAACUGAUUAGUAAAUUAGUAUAUUUUAACACUUGGGCCUAUAGAGUGAUCUUUGGUAACGUCGUCGUUUGCAUUUUGCCUCGUAAGUAUACAACUUUGAGUGGAGUAAGGCAUCAUAUUAGAUAAGAAUUGACUCCAGACUGUUAAUGAGCUUGUGAAAAUUACUGCAUGACGAAAGUGUUAGCUCUUUGGGUGUAAUAUUGAAGGAGAUACUGGCUUUCAAAAAGUGCAAAAUGUCAGGUUGGCAAAAGCGCUAGUGAGGCCAUAUAUUCUCUGUUAAAUUUUGAGCUUUUAAACCGACGAGGCAGAAAAAGUAUUUAACACAUCGUUCUCAGAUUCUUAGGGGCAGUUAAUCGGGCUACGACCUCUAAAUUUUGAGAACGAAUAUUUUUGUAGCUAAGAUCAGAAACUGAAUCGAUUAUGCUUAUUAAGUAAAUAUUGUAAACAAAGAUUCCCUUACUUGGCAGAACAAAGGCGCGAGCGAAUUGAGCCCCAUGCCUUAGGAAAUUUGUUAAGGUGGCCGAACUCAGUAACUGCACACGCUCAGUGCACGCAAAGGAUUACAAAAAGUAACAUGGCGCAGAUACAGCGAUCAUUUCAGUUGUUCCAUGCUCACGCUAUCUGUGCUUUUUUUUUCCUUAAAUGAAACAGUUUAUUUAAUGGGUUUAGUCUUACUAGUAAGGCAUGUUAAAAAACCGUAACGAACCCAGCAACUCUGAGAUUUGUCUUUGUUAGUAAAAGAACUAAAGUUUUAGGAAAGUCCGAGUCAUAAAAUACAAGCCGCCGUUCGCCGUUGUAUUUGGUCGAUAAAUAGGGGGUCAUGGUCCCAGGCAUUCCAAGCGUAGAGCGUGGGAGCUGGGAAUGAGAAUGCGACGGCUUGCCUUUUCGGUAGUCACUUGAAGGGAUAGUCGAGAAGGCCCUUCUUUCCUCUGUGACAUGUGGUCACCAAUCGUAACGAUCGUCGAAUUCAGUUGUCGGCAGAAAUAACGUAAAGUUUACUUUUUCAAUUCCAACAAAGCAGGAAAAAAAGAGAUCUCCAUAUGUGGACACCGGGAGAGGAACCCGGGAUACUUGUUUCAGGAUGCAUUCAGUUAAUCACUACACCAUCGAAGGUCCAGCUGAAAAGAGCCAAAUUUUGUAACUAUAGAUACUGCAAGUCUAAGUAGGUGUAAUGCAGUGUCACCCAAACCACCUCGUGCAUUGACCGUUCGUUGCAUACAUUCGUUGAUUCAAAGGGAAGCGUUCGAAGGGUCGAGAUUGAUUAUUUUGAAGUAGUUCUUCUCCUAAGACAGCGACGAAAACACGCCAUUUUGUUCGUGACGAAUUUUUAACGUCCAGGCUAGCCUGCGUAGCAAGCGUUUCCGUGGGGCUGGGGAGCAAAGAAAGACCGAGGAACGGGAUUUUCGAUGUUUUGCCCGCGCGAAAAAUGGGGCGAGAGCCAAAAAAAAAAGAACGAGGGAGGUGGGGGAGAGGCUUUGAAGGUUUGAAAAUGUAAGGUGGCUCUGAACCCUAUGUACAGAAUUUUUUUAAACUUUGCCAAAAUUUGCGUCUUGUGCUUAUUAAAAUUUGAUAAUGAAAAAAAUUUCACCGUACUGUUUAAGCCCCUAAAGCUCUAAGUAAGGGUGUUUCUAGCAGGUCAUGCUGUUGCCAUGGUAGCCUUUUGUGUCACGAAAAUGAUAAUGUAUUCACCAAUGAUUGGGCAGUGUUUUGA